AAUAAAUUCAUUCCGAGAUCCAAUUUAGCACUCAACUAUUUCUUUGACUCUCGAAAAUAUAUGAUUGUCGGCGAGGUUGGUAGAACGUCGAUCUUGCCAAUGGCGUAUGAUUUUUGGUUGUGGAGUUUCAUGUUGGUCUGCGUAUUUGCAAGAUAUAUUUUUUUAAGAAUAUCGUCAUUAUCGUUUGGCGUAUUUGUUGCGCUUUGAAGCUUCACAGUUUUAUCAGUGUAUUAUUUUCCCCUGCUUCUAAAAAUCAUAUGGGUAUCGUUGGAGAAUCUUGUGUCAAGUGACAUUUGGUGCUUUUAUUAGCUUUAAAUGUCUUGGUGUCGGUGAAUGUAAAGAAUAUCAAAAUGAUUCCUUUCCUUUGCCGCGAAAUGUUGAAAGACAGUAGUUGAAGUGAUGCUCUUCAUCAGCCAUCAGUGGUAGUAAGGGUGAAGACUAAAAGCAUAAUGCAUCUAAAUGGAAGUGAGGAUUCUUACAGUGCUAAUUUGAAAAGGGCCAAGUAUGAUGUUAAUGAGGAAGUUAAUGAUGAAAUUGAUAGAUCAUGUAAUAACAUGGAACAAGACAGUUCCCAGAUGUUGCCACCAUUAUUAAGAUUAUCUGAUGAUGUGUUGUUAAUUUUGAUGGGUCAACUUGAUCAGCGAGAUUUGAUGAAUCUUGGCCGUACAUGUCAGCGUUUAGAUGCAGUGUCACGAGAUCAUACAUUGUGGUCUAAAGUUGAUUUAAGAUCACACAACAUAAUGUUGUGUCAGUUACGAGAUUUCAUUGAGUACUUACAUCCAACUACAAAGUUGAUUGCUUCAAGAGGAUGCUUGCAUUUAAUGAAUCCUCCAUCAAGAUGGACGCAAGCAUGUUCUCCACGUCGAGCAUUGCGUGAUUUAAGUAAAGCUUGUCCUCGGUUGGAGACUUUCAUUGCUGUUGAACACUUUUUUGAUGCUCGAUGGAAGGAAGCAGACCAGGUGUAUGUGAAGACAUGGCAGAUGAGGAUGAGGGUGAUGAUGACGAUGAUUGUGGCAGUGUUGGUUGUGGUGGUGAUGAUGGUGAUAGAAACUUUAGUAUCUGUUACAGACUUCCCUCCGUCAUUGAAAAAUUUGACUUUGAAAGCAUGUGAAAUAUAUUUUCUACCUAAAGAAAAAUCAUAUUUUCAUGGAAUAUAUAAGCAUAUGCCAAAUUUAGAGGUCCUCAUUCUUGAUGAUUGCCAGUGGUUGACAGCACAUUCUUUAAUGGCAAUUAGCAAAUGUCCUAAUUUGCGUGAGUUAAGUCUUAAAUCGUGUCGAAAUCUGGGAGAAUGUUUGGUAUACACCAGUCUUGCUGCUCGUUUUGGAUUCAAAUCUUUGAAGAUCCUUGAUGUUCGUGAAACAUCUUUAGCUGACAAUGAAAUAUCUUGCUUUAGAAAAAUUGACUCCUUGACCCAUCUUUUUUUGGCGUGCCCUCGAAAGAGAACACCAAAUGAUGUAGAUCCAGUGCAGGCCUGUUGUCAAGCUAAUGGAUAUCAUGGAAGGAGCAAUCAGGUUGCAGAUGGUGUUUGCUGUUCAUGUAAAGAUGAUAAUUCAAGAGAGAUGAUUGAUGUUUGUGAAGGAGAAUGUUCUCAUACUUCUGAGACUGAUGAAGGUGUUCCUACUCUUAAUUUGCCUAGUCCCUCUGGUAUUGUUGUAGUAAAUUUUGUUGAAACUCUGCCAGGCAUGCAUGGUAGCCACCCUGAAAUAAGGCAACUUCCUGCUUUUAUACAUGAAGACUUGCCUGAGUACCUAGAAACUGAAACUUUGAUUACGGAUCGGGGAAUAAUGCAGCUGGGUACGGGAGACAUUCAGAUUGUAUCAUCUGGUAGUGAAGAUGAUGAUGAUAAUGAUCACCCUUUAUCACAUGGGGGCAGAAAUAAGAAUUUGAGUAAUUUAAUUAUAAACAACUGCAAGGGUGUUACAGACAGUUCCUUGGCUCAUUUAGCUAAGUUAUCUAGUAUCAAAUAUUUAAAUGUGUGUGGAACAUCAGUUACUCAGUAUGGGAUACAGCAGUUUCUCUCUCACAGACCUGAUGUUAAAAUUGUUUCGGAUUUUCAACCAUGAAAUGGUUACUCUUUUGAAUUUGUUGUAUUUAUAUAAUUGAGGAGUCUUUUAUUGGAGUGAAAUAACUACUAUAUUUGUCAUUUUUUAUGUAGAAUUGAACUAUGUUUGUGAGUUAAUUCAAAAUGGAAGAUGUCACAUAUAAUGUUUGUGUAUUCAUAACUAGAAUGUGAAACACAUUUACUACAAAUGUCUUACAUCAAGAAAAUAUGUCUGGUUAGAAUCUAAAUUGCACUAAGCUCAGAAAAUGCUUCCAAAUGUGUAUCAUAAUUUUAAAGCCUUGUUAAAUAAUUGCCUAUAUUAUUUCUGGCCAUUUUUAGCCACAACUCAUUGUUCUUAAAGGAUGGUGGACUGUUAAAAUCCUUAACAGAUUUCCGGGGUUAAAUGUAUCAUCUUGUUCCAGUUUUGUUAAAUUAUCUUGAUAUAUCAGUACAGUAUUGUGAAAAUGAAGUUGAAAUAGGAAAUCAGACUGAAAGUCUAUAAUUUCUGCUUCAGGUUGUUAACAAUUCGAACAGAUGUUAUGCUGUGGUGCAUAAUCUUUUUUAACAUUCUUCCAAGAUUUUGUUUGAAAGCUUAAUAAAAGCUCAAAAGAGGAACAUUGCAGAUUAAUUUCCAUUAAAUUAUAUCAUGAACUUUAAUUUAGUGUUCUAGAUUCCUUCUAGUAAUCGAUAACCUCUGAUACAAUCUGUUUUUACUUAUCAUAUCAUUUUUUACAUAAUAUUCCAAAAAUAUCUUGUAUACCUACAUCAGGGGUUUCCAACUGGUGGAAACUGAGGUCAUUUUCUGGAGCCCAAAACACUUUUUGAAGAAAAAAAUGUUCCUUAAAAAAAUACAAAAAAUAUUAAUAGUUCUUUCAGAAAAUGUAAUUAUUUUAAUGCUAAAAAAAAGUUAACAAAGUUGAUAAAGAAUCAAUUAUCAAGAGCAAGGCAUUUAAGGAAUAACCACACCUAAAAUUCAGGUGUGCUAUUUACAAUCUGAUGCAAUCUUACAAACAAGAAAAAAGAACACAUUUGUAAACUUCUCUCCAAUGAAAAAGUCCCAAAUUUAAGAUACUUUGGGCUAAAAAUGACUUCAGUGUUUGGGAGCACGAAUUUGUGUAAAUGCAUUUUUCCUUCCAUGAAAUUUAUUAAGUCAGUUCAGAAGUUCACUUGUAGAUCCUUACUUGGUGCAUGGGAUUUGAGAUUGGGAGCAACAGAACUGAAGGUGGAUUUUUAAUCAUUAGUAGACAUGGCUAAUUGAGCACAGUUCUUCCAUUAAAUUAUCUUUUUGUUUUGUUUGACCAAUUUAUGAAUUCAGUUUGUCUCUAGGCUUUUGUUUUUUAAUUUAGUUUGCCAUUGAUCAAAUAUUCAUUUAAAUGAACAUCAUUGAGUGCUCUUCUUCAAAAUUCAACUGGUCUGGAAAUAAUGGGUUGUUGUUUUUUGCAUGUGAAUAUGCCAACUUAGACCACACGUGCAUGCAUCCUGUAUUUACCGGGGCUCAGGAACAUUAUCUCGGUGGCAGGUGUAUGUAAUUUUUAUCAGGGGGAUCAGCAUUUAGCUGGAUCCGACUUUCAUCCCCCAGGGUUGUUAGCCUUGGGGGUAUGGAAGAUGAAAUUAUGAUAAUUAUGAAGGGGGUGAGAGGAUGACACAUACAGACAAAUGCAAAAACACCCAUGCCUGAAGAGGGUCUCAAACCCGCUGUCAUCUGGUCCAAGUUCCCUAUGGCACUAGUGCCUUAGCGAUCACGGCCAUCUGAUUAGCAAUAGUUAUUGUUUAUUUUUAAUACCACUCUUUUAUGCAAUUCUUAAGUGUAUUAAGCAAUUCAAAUUAUUUAACCUUUGUUGCAUUUAAACUAUGCACAUUAUUUCAUAACUAGUAUCUCGUUUUUUGUUGUUAAAAGAUUACAAACAAUUGGCCUAAUAUUAAAGUGAGGCCCACAUUCAUUCCUAAGGUUUUUAAUGUAGUCCUUGAGCUCUUACAAGUUGGAAACCUUUGAUCUGAAUUCCUUCUAAAACGUAUACAUAUUUUUGUUAUGGGAAUACAACAGAACUUUAAUCUUCAUCGAGUUAUUUCAUCAAGGAUGUCAAUUGGUUUAGAAAUUGGAAAGACAUGUUGCAUUUUUAGUAAUUUUACUAAUUAUGGCCUAUUGCAAUAUUAUACAAGUUUGUAGUUUACCAAAAAAAACAAUUAAGUGAGAAUAAGAGUUUCAUGUAAUUAAUAAGAGAUGGAAAUGAAAGUGAAUUUCAUUUUUAAGAUUGUGUGAGAAGUUAUUCUGUUAACAUAAUUUUUCAUAGAAAGUGUGAUUCACAUUCUGACACAUGAGUGUUAGUAGUUUAUUCACUCUGAUUGUUCUCUAAAUUAAGAAGCAAUCUUCUUUGAUGUAUUGUUGCAAGUUCAAAAUUGAUUCUAUGUACUGUGUAUAUAUGUAUGUUGAACUGUUCUUUUAUAUUUGUGUUACCUUUCUUGCCUUGAAAAACUUUCUUCUGUGGUGGUUCAGAAAGUUCCCAGAAUUUAAGUCCAUAAUUCCUUGUACAUCUUAUAGGCAAGAAUAAUGUAUCUUAUUAUUUGUAUUUUAUGAUUUAUGAAGAUAAGUUAUUAUCUAACAAACCAUGUUGAUAUUGUUAUUAUUAUUAUUGUUAUGAUUAUUAUUAUACUUGUUUAUAGGGUUAUUUUUAUUACAAUUUUAUUCAUUUAUGUAAAUUAAAUGUUUUUAUUGUCUCUUUGUAUGUGAUAUUUAAAAUAUUAGGUGAAUAUAAUUUGUAUAAUGGUAAGAGAUUAGUAUGAAAUAAUUGUUAUAUUCCAGAACUUUUUAUUUCAUCAGUUUAUGGUAUUUUGAAAUAGAUAACUGUGUAUAUCCUUUCAUUCAUUUAAAUGCUUUAAUUUCUUGACUUUUUUUCAAGUUAUGAAUGUUACUUAUAUAAUUCAUGGGGGAAAAUUUGAAACUUAGUACGAAGUUACUUUCUUCAUGAAAAAUAGAAUUAUAACUAAAGAUUGAAAAGAUAUUUUUCAGCAGAGUUAUUUUGCAAAAGCAAUAUGAUAAAACUAUUUUACAGAAAAUUCCUGAAUUAGUGUAAUCAUUGGUAGGAGAAUAAGAGUUCUUCUGCAUGACUAGUCUUGAAUUAGCAAUGAAGAAAUGUAUAGUUAAUAGACAAUUUGUUUCAAACUUCAUCUCCAUUUAAAGUAAUUAGAAUUGAACUUGGUUAAAAUAUUUGUGCAUUAUAACAUCAUCAGAUUUCCAAAGGACAAUUGUGAGUUCAGAAGAAUUUAUAUAAUUUUUAUACCCUGAAUAUAUUAAAUAGAAUUACAAGGUAAAUAAUGAAAGCUUCAAUGCUUCAAUCAUACAGAUUUCUUUUAUUCAAUCC